UAAUUUCUUGGAUUUCCUGUUUAUUGGCUUUGCUAUUUUAAUUUGUCCCAGAUUAAUUAAAUUUUCGGAACAUGAACGAUCCAAUGGGGGAAACUGGAUUUUCUAGAGAAUCGGCUGAGAUCGUGUUCUCGGAGACGGAGAUGGCAGCGGCGGAACAGCUCAUGCAGCUCAGCGAGGAAGAAACGGUGAGCUGUAGCAGCAGCACCGGCGGAGAUGGCGGCGGCGAAAGAGGACGAGGAGGAGAAGCCAAGAGAAGGCAUGAAGAUGUUAGCUCGAGAAUCGGAAACGAGCAAAACGACGGCGUAAAAGGGAAUUGUAAUCUUGGCGUGGAGAUGAAGACGAACAUCAAGAAGAUGAAGGAAAAGAAGUUUCGAUCCCUUGAGAGUAUUUACAGGGCAACGAAGGAGAUUAGGGCUUAAUGGAGGAAAGGGGGGAUGGUUAAUUGCAUGUUAAUUACGCUUGUUAAUCUAUUUUAGUAACCUGUGUGUCAAUGAUUUUGUGUAUCUAUGUAGUGCUUAAUCUAACGUUGGAGGUUGAUAAUGUGUGAUAAAUAGUUUUUGGAACCUUUUGAGAUGAAAAGUGUAAAUAUUUGUU